UCUUGACCAAAACCCUCACCGGCUUCAGCUGUCUUGUUGACCGCUUCACUCCUUGGGUAAGAAUUUCAAGAAAAACUCGGUAGGAUGGGCGUACCCGCCUUGUUCAGAUGGUUGUCGAAAAAAUACCCCAAAGUCGUGGAACAAGUUAUCGAAGACGUGCCGGCGCAAAAUGCAGUCGAUGGAGGCACCGAGGAAGUGCCAAUCGACAUGAGUCAAAGAAACCCCAACGGAAUGGAAUUUGACAAUCUAUAUCUCGAUAUGAAUGGUAUCGUCCAUCCUUGUACUCACCCUGAGGGUAAAAAACCGCCAGAAACCGAGGCAGAAAUGAUGAUCGAAGUUUUCAAAUAUACUGAAAGAGUCGUCAACAUGGUCCGACCCAGGAAACUAUUGAUGAUUGCAAUCGACGGGGUUGCGCCACGAGCAAAGAUGAACCAACAACGUUCCCGUCGUUUCCGAGCCGCGCAAGAAGCCAAAGUCAAGGAAGAAGAGAAACAAGCCUUAAUUGAAGAAUAUAAACAACAAGGCAAGGAACUCCCAGAAGACUAUAAAACUGAUAAGAAAGCUUGGGAUUCGAACGCAAUUACUCCGGGUACGCCAUUCAUGACCCUUUUAACGGAAAGUUUGCGAUAUUGGAUCGUCUACAAAAUGAAUACCGACAAAGGCUGGAGUCAAAUUCAAGUAAUCCUAUCCGACGCAUCAGUUCCUGGAGAAGGGGAGCACAAGAUUAUGGAUUUCGUACGUCGACAGCGAACUCAGCCUUCUUAUGAUCCCAACACGAAACAUGUAAUCUACGGACUGGAUGCAGAUCUUAUAAUGUUAUCCUUAGCAACACAUGAACCUCAUUUCAAAGUUUUACGAGAAGAUGUAUUCGCAGACCAGAAGAAAGGGAAAGGUUGUUACACUUGUGGACAACUUGGUCAUCACAGUAGUCAAUGUCAAGGCAAACCGAAAGAGAAAGUAGAUGAACAUGAUACCAAGCAAAAGCCAGUUGAAAGAAAGCCAUUCAUAUUUCUAGACGUCGGAAUCUUACGAGAAUAUUUGGCGAUUGAAUUGAAUAUCGGUGGAUUACCGUUUCCAUUUGAUAUUGAACGCGCGAUCGACGAUUGGGUGUUGCUGAUUUUCUUCGUCGGAAAUGACUUUCUACCGCAUCUACCAAGUCUCGAGAUUCGAGAAGGUGCGAUCGACACUCUACUCAAGAUAUGGAAAACCAAUCUAGGACGAAUGGGCGGAUUCCUGACCGACUGUGGAGCCUUGAAUUUGAAACGCACCGAAAUCAUCUUAGAAGGACUGGCCUCACGUGAAGACGAGAUCUUCCGUAGACGUAGAGAAGCAGAGGAAAGGCAAGAUCAAUCUGCUAAAAGACGUAAAAUUGAUGAUGACAACAAGCAAGUUCAUAUCAAAUCAUCCACAACCAAUCAGCCUCUGCCUACUUCCAAUCUAGGCAACCUCUCAACAACCCUCAACGUGCCCCUAAAACCGACCUUCUUGCCUGAAGAUGUCAGACAAACAACACAGUCCGCUAUUCCGGGGCUCGGUAAUGCUAGCUUAUCCAUGAUGAGUAAUGCGGAUGUGGUUAAAAACCGGUUCGCGAUCAGGACGGCUAACAUGGAUGCAGCUGCGAUGCUGAAAGCAGAGCUGAGUGGAACAUUAGAACUUCCGACGUCCGCGCCCGCCGGUGAUGAUGCCACUAAAAUGACCAUGGAGUCGACUGACGUGGCGCUAGCCGAGUCUCAAGUCCCCCUCGAAGCCAAUACCGAGACGCCUGGCGUGACACAGGCCGAGUCUGAUGCUCCCACCGGAACGCAGAAUCCAUCAAAUGAAAGCCACUCGGCGAUAGAUACCUCGCAAGGCAAGCCAUCCAAUGCUGAAAAUGACGAGUCGGCGGCCACAACAAACGGAAAGGAUUCUUGCCAAGAUUCUGCAGCCGGCCCUCCUGAUGGGGAAACUGAAUCGACUGUAAAACCACCCACACCAGUUCAAAAGCGUAAAGCUGAUGAGCUUGAAUCUGCUGACCCAGCAAUCGGCCCUAUAGAUGAUUCCGUCGUACUAUCGGAAGAUGAAGAUGAGGAUGAAGCCCCCGGUGAUGUGUCCGUUUUCGUUCCUGGUGAGCCCAGUCGACCAGCCCCCUUGAAGAUGCUCGGUAAUAAUAUGGUCGAGCAAGAUGAUACAGUCAAAUUAUGGGAACCGGGUUACCGCGAACGAUACUUUAGACAAAAGUUUGGAAUAGAGUUAAACGAUGAAGUUGAAAAACGAAAAAUAGUCAAGCAUUAUGUCGAAGGCCUAGCAUGGGUUCUGGCUUACUACUACCAGGGAUGUCAAUCGUGGCAAUGGUUUUAUCCCUACCAUUACUCUCCAUUUGCUUCGGAUUUUACAAAUUUGGAAGAGUUUGAAAUCAAGUUCAACCUUGGACAGCCAUUCAAGCCAUACGAGCAACUGAUGGGUGUUUUCCCAGCUGCUUCAAGAUGUCAUAUUCCCGACGUUUACCACGACCUGAUGAUGAAUGAUGACUCGCCUAUUAAAGACUUUUAUCCUGAGGAAUUCGAAAUUGACAUGAAUGGAAAGAAAAUGCUGUGGCAAGGGGUCGCCUUGCUACCAUUCAUCGAGCAAGAUCGAUUGUUGAACAGUAUGAAGGACUGCGAAGAUCGCUUGGCACCUGAAGAUAAAAUUAGGAACGAACCUGGGCAUGUGGUCAUGUUUUGUGGUGAAGCUCAUCCUCAAUAUGAGAACUUUUGUAAAAUAUACCAAAAACGAGAUAACAAGGAGGCCGUGACACUGGAUCCUGCGCACGCAAACGGAGUCUUCGGCUCAGCAUUACCCGACCCAGACUGCAUUCCGGGCUCGACGUUCUAUUCGCCACUGCCGACGGUUGGGCUGCCCGAUAUCUCGAAUGACAAAUCGAUAUUUGCUCGAUUUUUUGUUCCAUCACAACUAGUCCCCCAUCGCAGCCUACUACUAAGUGGGGUCGCUUUGGAACGGCCCAUCCUAAAUAAUCAUGAUCGAGACCUAACGCGUCGGGGUGGAAAUCAAGCGCAUGGGGGUAACCAACACUACGGCAGCGAUGGCUUUCAUCAACAGCGGAGAGACUUCGGGGACGGGCCGGGAAUCAUGACUCAUUAUCACACCAAUAAUUCUAACUUCAAUGGCGGCGGUGGCGGCUAUUGGAACUCCAACCGAGGAUCUGGUAAUCAUUCCCAGUACCAACAACCUCAUCACUCAACGCACGCACAUGACUACAGGAACUCGGGGCCACCGGCUGGCAACCAUCGGGGCUACUCCAACGGGCCUGCCCAUCAUCAUCACAAUGGCUAUCCGCAAGGAGGUCAUCAUUCGCAGAGGGCACCAUACGGAUUGCCUACAAGUUUUGGAUCGACCAAUGCGAGAGGUGGGGGCGGCUAUCGACCUCCUCACAGCGCGCCUCAGUCGAGCUACUAUAACGCACCCAUGAACCAUAAUAAUGGCGGUUAUGUCCCCCCGGUCAGGUACGGUGGGACAGGGGUUGGACUCCCUCAACGCGCCCCACCGGCCCCUUUUGCAGACCCGUAUCCUCCUCCAACUCAAUCAUCUACACACUAUUCUCGAGCCGGGUAUCGGCCGCCGGGCAUCACCCCCGCCUUCACUCGAACUGUGCCCAAUUACCCUCCCCGGGCCGCCCAACAACCCUCCCGACCCCCUUAUGAUCACUCAUCUGGUAGGUAGAGUCGAUAAAUCGGGCUUUGGUUUUCUUUUUCUCUUUUUUUUGGUCCUUAUACGUCCAUGGAUAUUUCGUCCAGCAACAGCCAAAUAAGCAACUCGUAAAUAGAUCACCAGAUUACCCUCGUGGACUUCCUCUCUCCCUCAAUCGACCUCAAAAUUUUCUUUUUUCUUUUUUUUGUUCUUCUGUCUCUAAUUCUAUCUAUAGUAUCAAGAAAUAAAAUAAACAUUGUCUGAAAUUGUUUUGUGUUUGUGUUGAUGUCCACAUAAAAAACUUAUGCUAGAUAACUGAAAACUCAGCCAAAAAAUGAUAAUAAUACAUACAUAACCGAAAAAAUUGUUCAAGCUGUAUCAAGUAUGAAUUAGAGAAAUGAAAAAAAAGUGAAAUUG